UGUCGAUCUGUGUGUUAUGUGAUCCGUGCAGAAAGCCCAGAGGGCCUCAGAGAUGACGACUGACUGCAUGAGGUCCACCCUGGAGCCAGAACAUCGACUGACGACAAAGGAGAGCCAGCGCUACCAGGAGACCCUCGGGACCCUGACGGACAGGAAGCCCAGCAUGAAGCAGGAGGAGGAGGAGGAGGAGGUCUUUGAGCUGUCAGAGUCAGAACUUCUUAAGAAGCCACGCAGGAAGGACACGCCGGUCCUCUUCUCCCCUCCACAUGUUCCAGGCGUUCGACUGAUGAAGGCGGAGAACCAGCAGGUCUAUGUGGAGGACGAAGAGAGCGACUUGUCUUUGGAAAACACCUCACAGCGAUGAAACUGAAAUCAUCAGAGAGACGUCAGCUACUCGGCUAAAGUGUGACUUAGCUCCACAGCAGGCGGGAGUCACAUGACUCCAUAUAUUGUGUGAAACCUUUCAAUCUUCACAAACUCCCCAGUUCGGAUUGAAUGCAACUCCUUAUAGAUGGUUUCUUUUCUUUUAAACUCUCUUCUGCUUUUGUUUAAUGAGAAAUCGGACUAAUAUGAUUUCAUUACUGUGAUGGUAUUUAAUCACCAUUCAUUUAAAAAAUAGAAGUAUUUCAUGUGUUGUGUACACGUAGAAAGGAUUUAAUUUCAUUACUUUAAUGCAGAAUGUCGCAUCUUAACCUCAUUCAGCCGAGAUGAUGGUUCAUUUCUAUUUGUCAGAACGUUCAACAAACACUUUUUCACGACAUGUUCAUCCCUUCUUGUUGUGCUUCUGCGACAGUGUGUCUAGUUUUAGCGAUAAUUUCUCCCACUUUCGUUCCUAACUUCAGUAAAAGUAGCGGUGACUGUCAUUGGAAUGUUUCCAGUUCUCAGCACAACAGCUGAUUCGUACAUGAGUCAUGAGUGUCCCACUGAGUCAGUUCAGUUUGUUCUAUGUAGCCGACACAUAUUUAAAAAUGUGAUUUAAAAAUGAUUAAUGUACAAGUUAAUGGUCAUGUGGCUUGUUUUCUUGUCCUCUGACUUUCGUGUAUUUGUACAAAAUAAAAAUAG